AUGCCCCCCUCCAACCUCUCCGUGGCAGAGGAGAUCUACGGCGGCGUGGCGACUCUGCUGCAGCUGCUGUGGAAAUGGAUCAAAGGGCCAGGCAUGCACAGGGCCGCCAUCGUCGCCGCCGCGGUGAUGCGCCAGGUCAAGCGGAACAUGACGGCCAAGAGGCUGCUGAGCUUCCCGCACCUGCUGGCCUUUUUCUGGAUGCUCCUUUUGUUAUGGGGAGAGCGCUGGAUCUACACUAACCAUGUCAACGUCUGCGACUGGAAGAGCUGGGAGAAGUGGCCCAAAGGUGCAACUCCUCACCAUCUUGUCCUCAUCGCCGACCCGCAAAUCCUCGAUCCUCACACCAACCCCGACUGGCCAUCAGCGGUGCUGGCCACCGUCGUCACCAUCACCGACAGAUAUCUCAAGCAGAGCUACAAUGCGCUUCUGCACAAGCUGCACCCAGACAGCCUGUUCUUCCUCGGCGACAUGCUAGAGGGCGGCCGCGAGUGGAAGACGAGGCAGGGCCUCUUUGUCGAUCCCAAAUGGGGAUAUGGCGACGACUUUUGGCUCAGUGAAUACCAACGCUUUGGGGAGAUUUUCUUCGACCCCUGGAAUAUCGCAGGCAGAAACCAUGACCUCGGUUUUGGCGCCAUGGUCCAGGUGCCGGUAAGAGAUCGCUAUCAGGCGUAUUUUGGAGAUGGAAAUCGGGUCGACAUUGUGGGAAACCAUACCAUUGUCUCGGUUGAUGCUGUCUCCCUGAGCGCGGGAACGUCUACUCAGAGGGCCAACCACGAUCUGUCAUCCAUCUACGGCCCCGUCCACGAGUUCCUGGACGGUGUUCAGUCUACAAAGCGGAAGAUGGCACAGAACGAGCUGAAGUUCUGGUAUGGUGUCGAGCGGGGGAUCAAGUUCAAGCACCACGUCGAGGAGCUGGACAAGGCAGACUUGACCCGAUGGUCAAGAGAUCCUGGGCCGGGCGCUGCCGACUUCCCCACGCUUCUCCUUACACAUGUUCCUCUCUAUCGUGAGCCUAAUACGCCCUGUGGCCCGCAACGUGAACACUGGCCGCAGAAAAAGGGAUCCGACGAGAAAGAUCCUGCCAAUGCUAUAUCAGUGGUGGCUGGAUACCAAUAUCAGAACGUGCUUUCGGAGGAGGAUUCCGUCAAGCUCGUCAAGAGUAUCGGCAACGUCGUUCAUGCCUUUUCAGGCGACGACCACGACUACUGCGAACUCGUGCACUCUGACGCCAAAGAGAAUGUGCGGGAGAUUACCGUCAAGACGAUGAGCAUGUCGCAGGGAGUGCCAACCCCAGGCUUCCUCAUGGUCAGUCUCUACAACCCAAUCGACAAGGAUGGCAAGCCCCUUCCCGGUUCGCCCGAGAAGACGGUACAGACUAAUCUGUGCCUUUUACCAAACCAACUCGUCAAAUACAUGAACUAUAUCGCCUUCUGCAUCUUCUCCCUCAUCCUCCUCGCCGUCAGGGCCUUCUUCGUUCCCAUCCUGCGCCUCACUCCUUUUGCCCUGCCGCCCGAACGAAGGGGCGCCAGCCUCCCCAUCUACAAAGACAAGGUCGAGCCACCGAUCACGCCCUCGUCCAGCUCGAGCAACGGCGCCGGCAGCACGCGCUGGGCUGGUAAAAAGGGCAAGCAUAGGCCUCGACGGAGCUUGGCUGACGGCAAGUGGCCGCGGAUCACGAUCAACGAAGACUACUACGACACCAGCAAGUCGUGGAAAACAACGACCGGCAGGGGGGAUCGGUUCUCGGUCAAGGUCAUGGUCACGGAGAUGUGGACCACGACGUGGAGAGUAACUUGGAUCGCGGUACUGAUUUGGAUAUAUCUGAUACGGAACGGCUAA